AGGUUACCAAGCAAAACAUUAAUAAAUUCAUUUAAAUCGCACGUCAAAAGUGUUAUAAAUCAUGGGAGAUACAGAACAACCUCCACCACCCGCUCCAGAACUUGUAGAUCCAUUACAAAAAUUAAGAGAGAAAUGUCGUAAAAACCACCAAGACUUGGUAGACAAGUUGGAUCAGUGUACAGAACGGGUUUCGUGUAGAGAACAAACGACGGAAACGUGUACGGAAGAGCUGUUUGACUUGCUGUCGGCGGUGGAUAAAUGCGUGGCCAAAGACCUUUUCAAGAAGCUGCAAUGACCGCAAUGGACAUGACACAAAGUGUUCGUUACAAUUUAAAAUGUAAACGCGCGCGUGCAUUAAUCCUCACCAAUUCCGCAAUUGAACGAAUAAAACCACCAAUUAAAGCGUUCCUCUUCUGGCAGCGCCGCUUCAACUUAACCCUUAAUUGUAAAUUGCCCUCUUCGCUUAAUUUCAUUAACUCCAGAAUUAAUUUAUGGGUGGCGCUCGUGUAACAAAGUCUAAUUGUAAAAUGAGCAGCUGUUAAAGUUUUUGAUUAAAACUAAUAAAGGAUUGGUUUAUUUA